UGGAGCCGGGGGCCGCAGGCGCGGCGGGGGGAACGCGGCCCGGGGGCUUCUUAAACCCCCCGCCCCAGCCCGGCCCGCACUUCCAGGGCACCGCUCCGCCCCCGGAGGGAGAGAGAGAGAGAGCGCGGCCGAGGAGCCGAGGAGGCCCGCCGAGUCCCGCCAGCCAGGGGCGCGAGAGAAGUUGAGAGCCGCGCAGCGCAGAGCCGCGAGUCCCGCGAUCGCGCCCCGACAGCGCCUCGAGCCCGAGCCCAGCCAGCCCCGAGCCGGAGCCCAGCCGGCAGCGCAGCCCCCGCCCCAGCCCGCGCCAGCAUGAUGAACAACAGCGGCUACUCCGAGGCCCCCGGCCUCGGCCUGGGCGACGAGGCGGACGACAUGCCGUCCACGGAGAAGGACCUGGCGGAGGACGCGCCGUGGAAGAAGAUCCAGCAGAACACUUUCACGCGCUGGUGCAACGAGCACCUCAAGUGCGUGGGCAAGCGCCUGACCGACCUGCAGCGCGACCUCAGCGACGGGCUGCGCCUCAUCGCGCUGCUCGAGGUGCUCAGCCAGAAACGCAUGUACCGCAAGUUCCACCCGCGCCCCAACUUCCGCCAGAUGAAGCUGGAGAACGUGUCCGUGGCCCUCGAGUUCCUCGAGCGCGAGCACAUCAAGCUCGUGUCCAUCGACAGCAAGGCUAUCGUAGAUGGGAACCUGAAGCUGAUCCUGGGCCUGAUCUGGACACUGAUCCUGCACUACUCCAUCUCCAUGCCCAUGUGGGAGGAUGAGGACGAUGAAGAUGCCCGAAAGCAGACACCCAAGCAGCGUCUACUCGGCUGGAUCCAGAACAAGGUGCCCCAGCUGCCCAUCACCAACUUCAACCGUGACUGGCAGGAUGGCAAAGCUCUGGGCGCCCUGGUGGACAACUGUGCCCCUGGCCUCUGCCCUGACUGGGAGGCCUGGGACCCCAACCAGCCUGUGGAGAACGCCCGGGAGGCCAUGCAGCAGGCGGACGACUGGCUCGGGGUGCCCCAGGUGAUUGCUCCCGAGGAGAUUGUGGACCCCAACGUGGAUGAGCAUUCUGUCAUGACCUACCUGUCCCAGUUCCCCAAGGCCAAACUCAAACCUGGUGCCCCUGUUCGCUCCAAGCAGCUGAACCCCAAGAAGGCCAUUGCCUACGGACCUGGCAUCGAGCCCCAGGGCAACACCGUGCUGCAGCCCGCGCACUUCACCGUGCAGACAGUGGAUGCUGGCGUGGGCGAGGUGCUGGUCUACAUUGAGGACCCCGAGGGCCACACCGAGGAGGCAAAGGUGGUUCCCAACAACGACAAGGACCGCACCUACGCUGUCUCCUACGUGCCCAAGGUCGCCGGCUUGCACAAGGUGACCGUGCUCUUUGCUGGCCAGAACAUCGAACGCAGCCCCUUUGAGGUGAACGUGGGCAUGGCCCUGGGGGAUGCUAACAAGGUAUCAGCCCGUGGUCCUGGCCUGGAGCCCGUGGGCAACGUGGCCAACAAACCCACCUACUUUGACAUCUACACCGCGGGGGCCGGCACUGGUGAUGUUGCCGUGGUGAUCGUGGACCCGCAGGGCCGGCGGGACACAGUGGAGGUGGCCCUGGAGGACAAGGGCGACAGCACGUUCCGCUGCACAUACAGGCCUGUGAUGGAGGGGCCCCACACGGUGCACGUGGCCUUCGCCGGUGCCCCCAUCACCCGCAGCCCUUUCCCUGUCCACGUGGCAGAAGAGGCCCUGCCGCCGCUCGCCCCCUCCGUGCCCAUCGUCCACCAGGCCAAGAGAGUGGCGCCACCCUGUAACCCCAACGCCUGCCGGGCCUCUGGGCGGGGCCUGCAGCCCAAGGGCGUGCGUGUCAAAGAGGUGGCUGACUUCAAGGUGUUCACCAAGGGUGCUGGCAGCGGGGAGCUCAAGGUCACAGUCAAGGGACCAAAAGGCACAGAGGAGCCGGUGAAGGUGCGGGAGGCUGGGGACGGUGUGUUCGAGUGCGAGUACUACCCCGUGGUGCCUGGCAAGUACGCGGUGACCACCACGUGGGGCGGCUAUGCCAUUCCCCGCAGCCCCUUUGAGGUGCAGGUGAGCCCAGAGGCAGGAGUGCAGAAGGUGCGGGCCUGGGGUCCCGGCUUGGAAACUGGCCAGGUGGGCAAGUCAGCUGACUUUGUGGUGGAGGCCAUUGGCACGGAGGUGGGGACGCUGGGCUUCUCCAUUGAGGGGCCUUCACAGGCCAAGAUCGAGUGUGAUGACAAGGGCGAUGGCUCCUGCGACGUGCGGUACUGGCCCACAGAACCAGGGGAGUACGCCGUGCACGUCAUCUGCGACGAUGAGGACAUUCGAGACUCGCCCUUCAUUGCCCACAUCCAGCCAGCUCCACCCGACUGCUUCCCGGACAAGGUGAAGGCCUUUGGGCCCGGCCUGGAGCCCACUGGCUGCAUCGUGGACAAGCCAGCAGAGUUCACCAUUGAUGCCCGUGCUGCUGGCAAGGGAGACCUGAAGCUCUAUGCCCAGGACGCAGAGGGCUGCCCCAUUGACAUCAAGGUCAUCCCGAACGGCGAUGGUACCUUCCGCUGCUCCUACGUGCCCACCAAGCCCAUUAAGCACACCAUCAUCAUCUCCUGGGGAGGCGUCAACGUCCCCAAGAGCCCCUUCCGGGUAAAUGUGGGAGAGGGCAGUCACCCCGAGCGGGUGAAGGUGUAUGGCCCUGGCGUGGAGAAGACAGGCCUCAAGGCUAAUGAGCCCACCUACUUCACGGUGGACUGCAGCGAGGCGGGGCAAGGUGAUGUGAGCAUUGGCAUCAAGUGCGCCCCCGGCGUGGUGGGCCCUGCAGAGGCUGACAUCGACUUUGACAUCAUCAAGAAUGACAAUGACACCUUCACAGUCAAGUACACACCCCCAGGGGCCGGCCGCUACACCAUCAUGGUGUUGUUUGCCAACCAGGAGAUCCCUGCCAGCCCCUUCCAUAUCAAGGUGGACCCAUCCCAUGAUGCCAGCAAGGUCAAGGCUGAGGGCCCUGGGCUGAACCGCACAGGUGUGGAAGUUGGGAAGCCCACUCACUUCACGGUGCUGACCAAGGGAGCCGGCAAGGCCAAGCUGGACGUGCACUUUGCCGGGGCUGCCAAGGGAGAAGCUGUGCGAGACUUUGAAAUCAUCGACAACCACGACUACUCCUACACUGUCAAGUACACGGCCGUGCAGCAGGGCAACAUGACAGUGACAGUGACCUAUGGUGGAGACCCUGUCCCCAAGAGCCCCUUUGUGGUGAAUGUGGCACCCCCGCUGGACCUCAGCAAAGUCAAAGUUCAAGGCCUCAACAGCAAGGUGGCUGUGGGACAAGAACAGGCAUUUUCUGUGAACACACGAGGGGCUGGUGGUCAGGGUCAGCUGGACGUGCGGAUGACCUCACCCUCCCGACGACCCAUCCCCUGCAAGCUGGAGCCCGGGGGUGGAGCUGAAGCCCAGGCUGUGCGCUACAUGCCCCCUGAGGAGGGGCCCUACAAGGUGGACAUCACCUACGAUGGUCACCCGGUGCCUGGCAGCCCCUUCGCCGUGGAGGGUGUCCUGCCCCCUGACCCCUCCAAGGUUUGUGCUUACGGCCCUGGUCUCAAGGGCGGGCAGGUAGGCACGCCAGCGCCAUUCUCCAUCGACACCAAGGGGGCGGGCACAGGUGGCCUGGGGCUGACCGUGGAGGGCCCCUGCGAGGCCAAGAUCGAGUGCCAGGACAAUGGCGAUGGCUCGUGUGCUGUCAGCUACCUGCCCACGGAGCCGGGCGAGUACACCAUCAACAUCCUGUUCGCUGAAGCCCACAUCCCCGGCUCGCCCUUUAAGGCUACCAUCCGGCCCGUGUUCGACCCGAGCAAGGUGCGGGCCAGUGGUCCAGGCCUGGAGCGCGGCAAGGCUGGCGAGGCAGCCACCUUCACUGUGGACUGCUCGGAGGCGGGCGAGGCUGAGCUGACCAUCGAGAUCCUGUCGGACGCCGGCGUCAAGGCCGAGGUGCUGAUCCACAACAAUGCCGAUGGCACCUACCACAUCACCUACAGCCCUGCCUUCCCCGGCACCUACACCAUUACCAUCAAGUAUGGCGGGCACCCCGUACCCAAAUUCCCCACCCGCGUCCACGUGCAGCCCGCUGUCGACACUAGUGGAGUCAAGGUCUCGGGACCCGGUGUGGAGCCCCACGGUGUCCUGCGUGAGGUGACCACUGAGUUCACUGUGGACGCAAGAUCCCUAACAGCCACGGGUGGGAACCACGUGACGGCUCGCGUACUCAACCCCUCGGGCGCUAAGACGGACACCUACAUGACAGACAACGGGGAUGGCACCUACCGAGUGCAGUACACGGCCUAUGAAGAGGGAGUGCAUUUGGUGGAGGUGCUGUAUGAUGACGUAGCUGUGCCCAAGAGCCCCUUCCGAGUGGGCGUGACUGAGGGCUGUGACCCCACUCGCGUCCGGGCCUUCGGGCCAGGCCUGGAGGGUGGCUUGGUCAACAAGGCUAACCGCUUCACUGUGGAAACGAGGGGAGCUGGCACUGGGGGCCUAGGCCUAGCCAUUGAGGGCCCGUCGGAAGCCAAGAUGUCCUGCAAGGACAACAAGGAUGGUAGCUGCACCGUGGAGUACAUCCCUUUCACCCCUGGAGACUAUGACGUCAACAUCACCUUUGGGGGCCGGCCCAUCCCAGGGAGUCCAUUCCGGGUGCCAGUGAAGGAUGUGGUGGACCCUGGGAAGGUGAAGUGCUCAGGCCCAGGGCUGGGAGCCGGUGUCAGGGCCCGGGUACCCCAGACCUUCAGGGUGGACUGCAGCCAAGCUGGCCGGGCCGCCCUGCAGGUGGCCGUGCUGAGCCCCACAGGUGUGGCUGAGCCUGUGGAGGUGCGUGACAAUGGAGAUGGCACUCACACCGUCCACUACACCCCAGCCACCGACGGGCCCUACACAGUAGCUGUCAAGUACGCCGACCAGGAGGUGCCACGCAGCCCCUUCAAGAUCAAGGUGCUUCCAGCCCACGAUGCCAGCAAGGUGCGGGCCAGCGGCCCCGGGCUCAAUGCCUCUGGCAUCCCUGCCAGCCUGCCUGUGGAGUUCACCAUCGAUGCCCGCGAUGCUGGGGAGGGCUUGCUCACUGUCCAGAUCCUGGACCCUGAGGGUAAGCCCAAGAAGGCCAACAUCCGAGACAAUGGGGAUGGCACGUACACCGUGUCCUACCUCCCGGACAUGAGUGGCCGGUACACCAUCACCAUCAAGUAUGGCGGCGAUGAGAUCCCCUACUCGCCCUUCCGCAUCCAUGCCCUGCCCACUGGGGACGCCAGCAAGUGCCUGGUCACAGUGUCCAUUGGAGGCCACGGCCUGGGUGCCUGCCUGGGCCCCCGCAUCCAGAUUGGGGAGGAGACGGUGAUCACGGUGGACGCCAAGGCAGCAGGCAAGGGGAAGGUGACGUGCACAGUGUCCACGCCGGAUGGGGCGGAGCUCGACGUGGAUGUGGUUGAGAACCACGACGGCACCUUCGACAUCUACUACACAGCGCCCAAGCCGGGCAAGUACGUCAUCACCAUCCGCUUUGGAGGCGAGCACGUCCCCAACAGUCCCUUCCACGUGCUGGCCACAGAGGAGCCAGUGGUGCCCGUGGAGCCCAUGGAGUCCAUGCUGAGACCCUUCAACCUGGUCAUCCCCUUCACUGUGCAGAAAGGGGAGCUCACAGGGGAGGUACGGAUGCCCUCCGGGAAGACCGCCCGGCCCAGCAUCACUGACAACAAGGAUGGCACCAUCACGGUGAGGUACGCACCCACCGAGAAAGGCCUGCACCAGAUGGGGAUCAAGUAUGACGGCAACCACAUCCCUGGGAGCCCCCUGCAGUUCUACGUGGAUGCCAUCAACAGCCGCCACGUCAGUGCCUAUGGGCCAGGCCUGAGCCAUGGCAUGGUCAACAAGCCGGCCACCUUCACCAUUGUCACCAAGGAUGCUGGGGAAGGGGGUCUGUCCCUGGCCGUGGAGGGCCCGUCCAAGGCAGAGAUCACCUGCAAGGACAACAAGGACGGCACCUGCACCGUGUCCUACCUCCCCACGGCACCUGGAGACUACAGCAUCAUCGUGCGCUUUGACGACAAGCACAUUCCGGGGAGCCCCUUCACAGCCAAGAUCACAGGCGAUGACUCGAUGAGGACGUCACAGCUGAACGUGGGCACCUCCACGGAUGUGUCACUGAAGAUCACAGAGAGCGACCUGAGCCUGCUGACCGCCAGCAUCCGUGCCCCCUCGGGCAACGAGGAGCCCUGCCUGCUGAAGCGCCUGCCCAACCGGCACAUUGGCAUCUCCUUCACCCCCAAGGAGGUUGGGGAGCACGUGGUGAGCGUGCGUAAGAGCGGCAAGCACGUCACUAACAGCCCCUUCAAGAUCCUGGUGGGACCAUCUGAGAUCGGGGAUGCCAGCAAGGUGCGGGUCUGGGGCAAGGGCCUGUCCGAGGGACACACGUUCCAGGUGGCGGAGUUCAUCGUGGACACUCGUAAUGCAGGUUAUGGGGGCCUGGGGCUGAGUAUUGAAGGCCCUAGCAAGGUGGACAUCAACUGUGAGGAUAUGGAGGACGGCACGUGCAAAGUUACCUACUGCCCCACUGAACCCGGCACCUACAUCAUCAACAUCAAGUUUGCCGACAAGCACGUGCCUGGAAGCCCCUUCACGGUGAAGGUUACCGGCGAGGGCCGCAUGAAGGAAAGCAUCACCCGGCGCAGGCAGGCGCCGUCCAUUGCCACCAUCGGCAGCACCUGUGACCUCAACCUCAAGAUCCCAGGGAACUGGUUCCAGAUGGUGUCGGCCCAGGAGCGCCUGACGCGCACCUUCACGCGCAGCAGCCACACGUACACCCGCACAGAGCGCACGGAGAUCAGCAAGACUCGGGGCGGGGAGACCAAGCGCGAGGUGCGGGUGGAGGAGUCCACCCAGGUUGGCGGAGACCCCUUCCCCGCAGUCUUCGGGGACUUCCUGGGCCGGGAACGCCUGGGCUCUUUUGGCAGCAUCACCCGGCAGCAGGAGGGUGAGGCCAGCUCUCAGGACAUGACCGCACAGGUGACCAGCCCGUCAGGCAAGACAGAAGCCGCAGAGAUUGUGGAGGGGGAGGACAGCGCGUACAGUGUGCGCUUUGUGCCCCAGGAGAUGGGGCCCCACACGGUCACGGUCAAGUACCGCGGCCAGCAUGUGCCAGGCAGCCCCUUUCAGUUCACCGUGGGGCCACUGGGUGAAGGCGGUGCCCACAAGGUGCGAGCUGGAGGCACAGGGCUGGAGCGAGGGGUGGCUGGCGUGCCAGCCGAGUUCAGCAUCUGGACCCGAGAAGCGGGUGCCGGGGGCCUGUCUAUUGCUGUGGAGGGUCCCAGCAAGGCGGAGAUUGCAUUUGAGGACCGCAAAGAUGGCUCCUGUGGGGUCUCCUAUGUCGUCCAGGAACCAGGUGACUAUGAGGUCUCCAUCAAGUUCAACGAUGAGCACAUCCCAGACAGCCCUUUUGUGGUACCCGUGGCCUCCCUCUCAGACGACGCUCGCCGUCUCACCGUCACUAGCCUCCAGGAGACGGGGCUCAAGGUGAACCAGCCAGCGUCCUUUGCGGUGCAGCUGAACGGUGCACGGGGCGUGAUUGAUGCUAGGGUGCACACGCCCUCGGGUGCGGUGGAGGAGUGCUACGUCUCCGAGCUGGACAGUGACAAGCACACCAUCCGUUUCAUCCCCCAUGAGAAUGGCGUCCACUCCAUUGACGUCAAGUUCAACGGUGCCCACAUCCCUGGCAGUCCCUUCAAGAUCCGAGUUGGGGAGCAGAGCCAGGCUGGGGACCCAGGCUUGGUGUCAGCCUAUGGUCCUGGGCUCGAGGGAGGCACUACAGGAGUGUCAUCGGAGUUCAUUGUCAACACCUUGAAUGCGGGCUCGGGGGCCUUGUCUGUCACCAUCGACGGCCCCUCCAAGGUGCAGCUGGACUGUCGGGAAUGUCCUGAGGGCCACGCGGUCACUUACACUCCCAUGGCCCCUGGCAACUACCUCAUUGCCAUCAAGUAUGGUGGCCCCCAGCACAUCGUGGGAAGCCCCUUCAAGGCCAAAGUCACAGGUCCCCGGCUGUCUGGAGGCCACAGCCUUCACGAAACAUCCACGGUCCUGGUGGAGACUGUGACCAAGUCGUCCUCAAGUCGGGGUUCCAGCUAUAGCUCCAUCCCCAAGUUCUCCUCAGAUGCCAGCAAGGUGGUGACACGGGGCCCUGGGCUGUCCCAGGCCUUUGUGGGCCAGAAGAACUCGUUCACCGUGGACUGCAGCAAAGCAGGCACCAACAUGAUGAUGGUGGGCGUGCACGGGCCCAAGACCCCCUGUGAGGAGGUGUACGUGAAGCACAUGGGGAACCGGGUGUACAACGUCACCUACACCGUCAAGGAGAAAGGGGACUACAUCCUCAUCGUCAAGUGGGGCGACGAAAGUGUCCCUGGAAGCCCCUUCAAAGUCAAUGUGCCCUGAAUCCCAGAAGUGCCUCCCCCAGCCUCGGCCCCCACCUCUGGCCAAACACACUCACAUACACACACACACACAAAUAGGCCACACCCAGAUGCACACACGCAGAAUCAGACACCACAAACACCUGCCCGGGGGGUGGAAGGAGUGGCACUGCCCCCUCCCUGCCAGGCCCCCGGGUUGGAAGGCCUCAUCCGUCUCAGGGCAGUGUCCCUGCCUCAGAUGUGACAUGAGGGUGAACUGGAGGUUGGGGGGCCAGGGAAGCCCUGAGUUUUCUGGCGGGGCUGAGGCCAGUGGGGGAGCACGUGUCUAGGGGUGUCUGCAUGUGUGAGAGAGGUCGCCCUCAAACCGCACUGCCAGCUGGGCCUCCUUGCCGCUGAGGACUGCGUCCGGCCCCUCUGGUGGCCACAACCCCAGAGCGUUAAGGACUUGGAAGAGAAAGCACAAUCGGAGGAGAAAAUGGACCCAGCAGCAGCAGGCUUGGCGCGUGCCCUGGCCCUGGGCAAUUUAGAUCCCAGCCAGGCUUCCUGGGGGACUGAUUUCUCUCUUUUUUUUUUUUAAAGAUUGCACAGCUCUGCCCCAUGGGGGGCCUUUUUUUACACACUGCGAGGCCCAGCUUUCUGGGGGGCUUUUGCACAUGUCAUGCGGCUCAGCUGGGAGCCGUUUAGGCGGAAAACAAAUAAAGUGCGGCCUGUCGCAGA